CUGGCUGGGCACACAACUGUGGCCGGGAACCGCACAGUAGUGUAGAAGACGCAGGUUGACGACGAGAUGGCGAUCGUGAACCCCAAGAAGAUGAAGGUCGCCGAGAUCAAGGACGAGCUCGCCAAGCGCGGCUUGAGCACGGUCGGCGUCAAGGCCGAGCUCGUCCAGCGCCUCGAGCUCGCGCUCGACGAGGAAGAGUUUGGCAGCGAAGCGCAUGAGCAAGCGACACUGGCGGCGGCCGAGGCCUCGCCCAUCGGGUCCGCGACGCCCGAGCCCGUCGAGGAGCCUGCGCAGGAGGCGCCCAAGGAAGCCUCGCCGCCGAAGCAUGCGGAGCCCGUGCCCGAGCUCGUCAAGGACGCACCGGUGGUCGCGGCGGCGCCGGUCACAGUCGGUAUGACCGAAGAAGAGAAGCGUAAGGCCCGCGCCGCAAAGUUUGGCAUCCCCCUCACUGAAGACCAGCGAAAAAUGGAGCGUGCCCAGCGGUUCAAUGCGCUCAAGGCGGCCGGUGCUGUAGACGCGACGGUCGAGACUGUCAAGAAGUCGAAGCGCGCCGAGCGAUUUGGCAUCGAGUCCGACGACAAGGUGCAAGCGCAGAAGAAGGCGCGCGGCGAGCGCUUUGGCAUCACGGACGACUCGAAGAAGAAGCUCGAGCGUGCAUUGCGGUUCAACCUCGUGACCAAGGAAGUCGUCGAUGAAAAGCUCAAGCAGCGCCAAGAGCGGUUCGCGGCCAAGUAGAUAGCGCAAGCUACAGAGAGAGACCACAAAGACCAUGUCAUUAUGUAAUCACGCUACGGCUGCAUGGGCGCGCGGGCGAGGCGUCG